GUGUGUGUGUGUGUGUGUGUGUGUGUGUGUGUGUGUGUGUGUGUGUGUGUGAAGAGGAACCACUCAUGCGAGCACAGGAGAACUGAGAGGCUAACAGAAUUUGGUUGCAUGAUGGCCUCACAGGGUUCUUUGCUGAAGAGCGUUCUUUGCAGCUAAAGUCCUAUAUCUCAGUAUUGAAGCGUGAGGGAGAAGGCAAGAAUGAGAAACUCUGACGACACAGGAAUCUAGCACUCGCAGUCAUUAGACCAAAAUCACGGACUGAUUUGUUUUUUACUGGAGUGCUGUAUGAUGUUUCUGCUGGCUGUUCUGUGCGUGUUGUACGUCUGGAGUCCAGCAACUCUGACCGGCGGCUUGGGAUCGACACCGAAUACCAUACCUCGCAAAACAGUGGCAAUUAGAAGUAAUGGAGGACGUUUGUUUCGUGAGGAGGGUGUUUGGAACUACACCACUAUGCUUCUGAGGGAAGAUCUCAACAUGCUCAUCCUGGGUGCCAGGGAAGCCAUUUUUGCCCUCGACCUUGAUGACAUUACAGUCAAAAAGGCCAUGGUGAAUUGGCCAGUCACAAAUAAGGAGCAAAAAGACUGUUCCAAUAAGGGAAAAGAUGCUGCGAAUGAUUGCAAAAAUUAUAUCAGAAUUCUUCAUAAAAGAAACGAUGACAGAAUGUAUGUUUGCGGAACCAAAGCAUUCAUCCCAACGUGUGACUAUAUGUCCUAUGCAGAUGGUAAUCUGAUUUUAGAGGGCAAACAAGAAGAUGGGAAGGGGAAAUGUCCCUUUGAUCCUUCUCAGCGAUACACAUCAGAGAUUGUUGAUGGAGUACUGUACUCUGCAACUUCGUUGAACUUCCGGGGUUUAGAGCCGGUUAUGAUGCGCAGCUCAGAGGAAUCCAUAUGGACAGAGUUUUCGAACACCUGGUUCAAUGAACCACAUUUUAUCCACAUGGCCCAUAUACGAGAAGGAGAAUCAAACCCUGAGGGGGACGAUGACAAGAUCUAUCUGUUCUUCAGUGAGACAGCAGUGGAAUACGACUCGUACACCAAGGUGGACGUCUCUCGAAUAGCUCGUGUGUGCAAGGGUGACUUGGGUGGGCUGAGGACGCUGCAGAGGAAGUGGACUUCAUUUCUAAAAGCGAGGCUCGACUGUCCCAUUCCAAACAACAACCUUCUGGUCCAGGACGUGUUCCACUUGUGCCCCGGCGACUGGACCACCUGCGUGUUUUAUGCUGUCUUCACCCCACAAUUAGACUCUUCUCAGUACUCUGCGGUAUGUGCAUACAAAAUUGAAGACAUCCAGACUGUGUUCUCAAAGGGCAAGUUUAAGGCUCCUGUUCCCGUUGAGAAGUCGUUCGUGAAGUGGCUGGUGUACUCGGGUGAUGUCCCUGAUCCCCGACCCGGAACAUGCAUUGAUAAUCAUGCCAGAAAAAUGGGUUUCACCAAAUCUCUGGAUCUCCCAGACAAAACCUUGCAGUUUAUUAAAGACAAACCUCUGAUGGACCAGGCCGUCAAGGCCAGUGGAGAGAAACCCCUGCUGGUGAAAAGAGGCACCGCUUUCACUAGAAUUGUGGUGGCCACAGCAAUGGCCUUGAACAGGGCCAGCCAUCAAGUCAUGUUCAUCGGCACAAAGAGCGGCUCAGUGCUGAAAGCUGUGAAUUAUGACGGUGAGAUGGUCAUUAUGGAAGAGAUUCAGCUAUUUGAGCCCUCAGAGCCAGUGAAGAUACUGCGACUUUCCAACACCAAGCUGUACGUGGGUUCGGAGGUGGGCGUGGUUCAGCUGUCCAUCAGUGAAUGUGGGCGGUACCACACGUGUCUGGACUGUGUUCUGGCCAGGGAUCCGUACUGUGGCUGGGACCUCAAUGCUGACCAGUGCUCUGCCAUAAACGGCACACACAGAACCAGAACCAGCACCGUGAUUCAGAGUUUGAGUGAUGGUGAUGCCAGCCGAUGUCCACAAACAGAUAACAGUAAGUCAGUCAGCGUCUCAUUUUUCCACGACAAUACUGUGAAGCUGUGGUGCCAGCCUUAUUCCAACCUGGCUCAGGUCCAGUGGCAGCUGAAUGGACAACCCAUCAAAGCAUCAAACACCUUCCAGAUCCUCUCCGACAGCCUGAUGAUCUUCAACGCCUCCGCAGACGCCAGCGGCCGCUACACCUGCAGUUCUGUAGAGCGGAAUUACAAAACCCAGCAUGUAGCGUAUGAUCUAAAAAUGUGGUCAGCAUCCGGGACUGGAGCAUUACUACAUGACGUUAAGGAAAAAGAAAACACACUUGUGGCCAUGGUGGUGGUAUUGUCACUAAUUCUAGCUAUGCUAGUCAUUUGGAACCUGUGCAAAGGGCAUUUACCUUUGCCGUUUUGCCACAGGAGGGUAAAGGACACAGCGAACAGGUGCGAACAAAGUCUGUAUGAGAACCAGCCUCCAGAACAUAAACCAGCAUCAACGGAGAACUUGAACAGCAACAACAACCAUGUGAACGACCAGAGGUUUUCCAGCUCUCAACUCUCAACCACUGUUGGUUCCUUAGGCCAGAUCUCACUGAAAUACAGAGAAGAUGAAUCUGAGAUUUGAGAUUGUUUUUAUGCACAGACUUGCUAAUGUGGCUAAUCGCCAUUUAUAUGCAGACCAAGCCCACUGGUGCUGGUUCCUCUUUUGCAGCUGUUAACUUUUGACUAAACCGCUGUUUUGACCAACUUUUUCUCCUUGAUGAAUCUAUACAUUCACUUCCAAAUGCCAUCACUCAACCAUCAUACGUCAACAUGUCCAACGGACAAAAAAAAGACACUGAAUCGGACUUUUCUGCAUAAGGUCUGUCUACAUUGCAGCUUAAUUUGGCCAAGGAUCACCAAAGUACUUUUCAAUGACAGUCAAAUCACUUGGUGGCCAUAUUUGCAAUGCCACCAGGCAGCUAUUUCAGUCAUGCAAAACCAACUCCUGUCUGCCUGAUUGGGGAAAUAGUGAAAUCUUAAGAACUGCUUGGCAAUAUUUGAAAAUUCUAACAUGAACUGCCUCAUAAAUGCUGUUUCAUACAUUAAAAUUGCGUUAAAUUGUAACGUUAAAAUGCAUGUGCUAAGCGCGAGUCUCAGGACACUGACAGUUUUGUGUGAACCGGAGCAUCUUCAUUCUGAUACAAUGACUUUACCAAUUGCGAAAAGUAGGCAAUUGGUUCAAUGUAAAGACUGCAAGUGUGGGUAUUAGGAAAGGCCCAUUAUAGUCUUAUAGGAAAUGACCGUUUGAUCAUGUGUGGUUCAUGUGAAAUAGAUGCAAUAGUAGGCCUAAAGUCCCAUUCACACCAAGAACGAUAACUAUAACAAUAAUAACCACAUUAGCGUCCACACCAAUAGACGCUAAUGUUCUGUUUAUUAUAAGCAUGUGAUGCAGUUACAUUGUCACUUUAAAGGCUCGCUCGUUACAUUCGGGGUGAUUCUCAUUGGCAACAUAAUUCUUGUGUUAUUAUGCUUAUAGGUGUGGUGUGGACUUCCGUUUCUCAUAGAAUUAGAAUGAUUAUUAAAACUUUGGUUAUAGUUACCGACCUUGGGAGUGAAUGGGCCGAAAAUACAGUUCUGCUUAUGAAUAUAUAGUUCACUUGCUACAAAAACUUUUGCCACAAGCAAAACCAGUGAUUAGUUCUUGCUCAAAAGUUAUAAUUUUAUCAACCCGGCAUCUUGUAAAUGUGAUUUUGUUUCCAGGUGGACGGAUU